CGUCUUUCCGCCACAAGAUGGCGGCCUUGCGCGCGCAGGCUCGGCCGAGGUCCGCACAUGCGCACGUGUCUCCUAUCCCAAUCGAUAGUGCAACUACAGCCACACAACAGCCUGUUGGCCUCGCGAGUUCCACGACGUAUUUCGGAUCUGAGAGGAUUUUUCUGGACUGAACUGAGUGAUAAAACCGUCAAGGUGUCUGUGUCCAGCAGUGUUCUGCCGGGAGCUAUCACCAUGAAGAUGCUGGCAGCGCCCGACGGGCCUGCCAUCUCGCCCGUCGAUCCUUCGGGCGAAUGGCACGGCGUUACAUUCUGGCUGCUAGUGCUUGGAGCGGGGGCACUGGCGUUAGCGACGCUCGCCGGGAUCGCUUGCUGGCUCGCCAAGCGACGCAACUCUCUCCACAAGCUAGGUGGCAAGCGAGGCCCAGACAAGGCGCUAGUGUUCCAGCCGCCACGGCGCGCCACCGCCGUGCGCUCCCCGGGUUCGGUCACGCAUUACCUGCGCAAGUCCCCGUCACCUACCGCACCCACUGCGCCAGCUACCUCCCCGCCUACCGCGCCGAUACCGCCACAGAUCCCGUCAUCCGGCGGUAACAGUCCGCACACGCCGACGGCACCCGAGCCGGCCCCACUCAGCAAGGAGCUGGCUGACGCUAAUGCUACUGAGAAACCUAACAAGCCUGCUGACUCGGACAACAACAGUGAGGGAAGACUCGGCGACUUGCACUUCAAACUGCGAUAUGAGAACGAAAAGAGCGCGCUGGUGGUGUCAGUGGUAUCGUGCCAGGGUCUACCAGGCCGCGAGCCCGCGGGCCCUGAUCCUUAUGUCAAGCUGCAGUUGCUGCCGGACAAACAGCAUAAAGUCAAGACCAGAGUGGUGCGCAAGACUCGCUGCCCCGUAUACGAUGAAGACUUCACAUUCUACGGCCUGGCUCCGCAUCAGCUUUCCGCCAUCACUUUGCACUUCGUCGUACUUAGCUUUGACAGGUACUCCCGAGACGAGAUAAUCGGUGAGGUGGUGGCGCCACUGUCGACACUGCAGUUGCAGAGCGGCGAGGCUAUGGCACUCUGCCGCGAGAUCCAGCCACGAAGCCUCAAGAUGCGCAGCGUAGGCCGCGGCGAGGUGCUGGUGUCGCUGUGCUGGCAGCCCGCCGCCGCGCGCCUCACCGUCGUGCUCCUCAAGGCACGCAACCUGCCCAAGAUGGACGUCACUGGGCUUGCUGACCCAUACGUGAAGAUGUACCUGCUGUACAACGGGCAGCGUAUAGCCAAGAAGAAGACGCACGUGAAGAAACGCACGCUGAACCCAGUCUUCAACGAGUCCUUCGUGUUCGAGGUGCCAGCUGCCCCCAACGCCGCUCUUGACCAUGUGGCACUAGAACUGUUAGUUCUGGAUUGGGACCGUGUCACCAAAAAUGAGGUGAUCGGUCGGCUGGAGCUGGGCGCGAGCGGCGCGGGCUCGGCGCGGCAUCACUGGCGCGAGGUGCAGGCGGCGCCGCGCCGCCAGAUCGCCGACUGGCACAAGCUCAAGGAGUGAGACGGCAUCAUACUCUCCGUCUCGCGCCUGCCCGGGGAGCUGGGGCAUCUGACCUGUUAGAUUAUUCUCUAAGGCUCAUUUAGACGGCGCGAUCUCGCAUACAAUUUUCGUUACAUUGCGGAACGUUAAGUUUGCAUCGAUUCGGUCGACCGACGUCGUGCGUUCUCGCGCCGCGUAAAUGAGCCCUCGACCUGAUAUUUGAAUGUAACGUUUCUCCUAUGAGUCAUAUUGUAGCCGGAUCGCACUAGUCGCAGAAUCUGAAGAAGUGAGACGACUCGAUACCGUCUCGUGACUUUAGAAAGUAGAGGAACCUUACUUAGAUUUACUCUCGUUGGACUUAAAAUCGGCCAAUUGAGUCAUCUGACCUGUUACAUUACACUCCUAGAACUUACUCCUACUUAAAUGUAAUUUCAAAAAGUCCUAUCCUAUUCUACAACUUUUAAUGUGUCUGGGUAGAUGGCAGAAAAUGGUACAUAAGAAUUCGCCAAGUUCCGUUGUGUAACGAAAACUGCAAAAUAUAUGACAUUGUCGUUACACAAAGGAACUACUCGUAUUUUACCGCAUUCACUCAAGUACUUAGGUACGUAUAACAUGUUUGGAUUUGACUCCUAAACAUUCUAAAAUACUAACUUAGACACUUUGUUGAAAAAAAUCCACAACCAGCCUAGACAUUUCUAUCAAGCGGAAAAGUAUCAAAUCAAUUGGAUCAAACGUUACAUUUCGAGGUAAAUUCAGAGUACGUAUCCUACACCAUCGCAGCCUAAUCCGCAGCCUAUCCUAAGGCAUCUUCUUGGCCACUGUUUUUUAUUUAAAUAGAUUUUUUCAUCUUAAUGUCUCAGAAAGUUGUUUGUUGUCCAACGGUAAUUGGUGAAGGAAGAAAACGGCAGUUCCUGGAGAGGUUAUCAUUUUUAUUAAAAUCCUCCAUCCUCAAUAUGGAAUGUAUGUAUUCGUAGGUAAACAUUCCAUUUAUUGUUAUUUACAUUUAUAGUUUAUUUGUGUAAAUAUGUUUUCUGUGUGCGAUGAAUUAAUUUUAUUCCAUCAUUUUUUAUUAAAUAUUUAUAAAUGUAUGUCAAUAAGAACUGUUUGUAGCUGGAUAACAGGCACAAACAAAGAAGGUUAAAUAUUAUUUUUACGAAUAUUUUAUUUGAUUCACUUAUUAUUGAUGCACUUUUAAUUCGAAGGUUUCCACCGCCAUGGUUAAACCACAGUCCAAAAGAUAUGGAGUUAGCUAUAAUUUUGUAAUUAUAAUGUAGUUAGUAAAUCAUUUAUUUCGCGACCAAUCCGAUCUCAGGACCCUUUGAAGUAUUACGCACACAGUUUUGUAUACAACUCGACUUCAAUAUCUCAAAAACGAAAUGCUUUUUCAUACUUUUGUGUAGUUAAAACUUGAACGUAGUAAAUACCUGGAUCUCGUGUUUAAUAUAGAUGUAGAUUGUAUGGUUUAUUGUGAAGAAGUAGAACCUCGGUCUUGCUUCGAUUCGACUCUACAUAUCUGUAUAUAAACACUUGAUGUACUCGUACUUAACAUUUGGAAGUAGGAACAUAACAUGUCUUGAGAUAUGAACAGUAAGAAAGUUACACUCGAAAAUGAAAGUCGAUAUCAAGGAAACUUGAUGUGUUUGGACGUUAUUUAGUUUUGUUUACAAGAUGAUUUGUAAAUUAUUAAUGAAGGCCCGUGACAUAUGACUAGAUAAAUUACGGUACUAUUAAGGCUUUGUAAUCAAUACAGGUAUCUAUAGAUAGUAGCUUCACUACUGAGAUGGUACAGUUGAAAUCAAAUACUUAUCCCAAAAGAGGCAGGCAGGGUGGGCACAAAAAUAACAUGAGAAAUAUUUGCUAUUCUCAUACCGUACCACUACCACCACCACCCCCCCAUUCAUUCAUUCAUUCUUGUACCAUGUGGAUGUCGACUGUACCAGGGUACGUGGCCGAAAGCUCACGAAACGCUCACGAAACGAAACGCUCGUAGAUAUCACAGCGCGGUAGAGCUAUUUCGCGGCAUUUCGUUUUCGUUUCGCGUCACAGAAAUGCCAUUCGGCUAGGGCACCUGUAUUUGAGUGGAAAAUAAUAUUAUGUCGUCUAUUAUUUAUGUCAUUCUACUAAUCGGUCACCUUGGAACAUCUUAUGUAGAAAGACCCAAAUAAUUAAAGUAGGGCGCAAAAAUGUAAAGGUAACACAACACCUGCUAAUAGCUACCUUCAUUACGUGGUUCUUUCUAAAGCAAAAUAAACAAGUAAAUUGAUUAUUGUUGUCUAUGCUUUACUGAUCUAUGUUACCUUUAGGAAUGUAAGUACAACUUUUAUUGAUCUAGAGAAAUUCUCCAUUUGAACGAAUGCUAUCCGUACACAUUAUAGAUGUAUGGUUUCGUUGGAACAAAAAGGAAUUAAUUAAAUACAAUAGAUAAUAAUAUUUACUCAAGUAUAAUUUCAAAGUAAUCCUUACUUUUGAAAUUAUAAUAAAUUAUCAACGUUAAUACAUUAAAUUACUUUUUUUCGUUACAAUGAACCUAUAUAAGGAAAGUUUUAAUUGAAUCGUUAAAUAUAAUUUCAAUGUUAAACAUUUAUUUAAUCAUAAUCUAUUUAAGCAUAGACAACAUUAUUUAUAAGUAGGUAUUUAUAAUUUAAAAGCAUCUACAGUUUAACAUCAAUACUCAACUAUCAGUUAGAAGAAAAUACUAUGUAUAUGGAGUUAGGAUAGGGAAAUCAAUCUAUUUUAUACUAACAUUAGUAGUUCGUGGAUGUAGAAUAAAUCUUUUACUUCUACAAUAAUUAAGUGUAUAUUUAUAAGCCCAUUAAUAUCCACGUUUAUAAAAAAACAGUUUUAAUUACUAUUUAAUCAUGCAUGUAAAAAAAACGUAGAUAUGGUUAAUAGUAAGAUCAACUCAAAUAAAAGAAGCGGAAAUUCCAAAAUCUUUUAAAACCAUCGUCUCAUUAGAAAGUAUAUUAAGUGUUUAAUAUUUAGUGUCACAAUUUAUCAGAAGUAUGAUUGAAAGGUAAUAUAAAAUAAUUACGUUACAUAAAUAUAUAUUCACGAACUUUCAAACAAAUAACGAAACAAUUUAUUUAAAUUAAAUGAACAUAGAACCGAUAUCUAGCUUAAAUGACUGCGUUUUUGACAGCUCCGCCGUUCUGAGUGUUAUUUUAAAUCCUAACAUUUAUAAAGGUAUGACGUUUACUUUAGCCCUUGCACUGACGAGACUAUCAAAAUCGCCGUCGACAUAGCUUGGCACGACUACGACUAGAUAAUGAUGAAAAUAGUCAUGACCAAUAAAAUUAUCUAAUUUAAUUACUUUUCCAUGUUGUGACAAUAAAAUUGCACGAUACGCAACGCAGGCUACAGAUGUGGUUUUCCAUAAGAGAAGAGUUCAUGCGGCUCAUUUCAUUUUAUCUCAAUUCCUGAUGGAAUUUAUGAUACUAUAAGAAGCCUUUUGUUAAAGAAAGCCAUAAAUAUUCCACUAUGUUCAUAAGCGCUUCUGUCUUUUCCCCCCUGUGCAUUUUAAAAGUACAAAAUAGAAAGAUACCACUUUGCAGUUAGCUUUAUUGGUAUGAAAUUGAGCUUGAUUGAAUGUACCUGCUGAAAGCACUAGGUAAUCAAAGUUCUGUGUAUGAUUAUAUUAUAAGUCCAUAUUUUCACCAAUACCUGUGGGCCGCCUACUGUUGAUGUAUUUCUCUAACAUGUGAGUAAGAGAGGGACGCCAAUAGUGGUAGGCCACAUAUUGCAGUGAAAAUAUGGCCGAUUUAGAAGCCCCUUAUGCUAACGAAUCUUGUAUGAUACUCCAUACUUCGACAUUCCUUGGUGUAAAUGUAAAUAGUCAUGCUUUAGUGAAUAACGGUUUCAUUCAAUUCUUAUUGUAAGUACACACUUAAGAACUAAAAGUUACGAAUUCAUAGAUCAUAAUGUUUUUAUUUAAAGCUUGUGACACAAAUAAACGCCAUUUUCAAAACUUUGAUGGAUAAAAAGUUACAAUGAAAACCUGAACAUGUCCAUUGUGUAACGAAAAGUUUCAUACCUACUAACUUUGUGAAACCAUUGACUUAUAAUUAUGUUGCUUCGUAAAGACGUGACAUGUUUUUUUUUUAAAUUAUAAAUGGGCCAAAUACUGUCACCUAAUAUUCAGUCGAAAUUAUAUGGAAUAUGCUUAUUCUUACUUUUAAAAUGUUUACGUGAAACAUUUACGUUACACAAUGGAACAAAUUAAAUUUCAAACAUGCUUGGCCUUAAUUACAUAACUACACAUUUUAAUCCAUCAUUUUGGAUAACCAAUGACGUGAAUUCGAUUGAAUUCGAGUUGACCUUAAUCGAUAUUUAAUGUGGGAAUUAUAGAAACUAUCUCAAAACUGCAACGAUUGUUUUCUUACUUUUAAAUAAAUCGAGUGUGUAGCGAAGCUCUUCAAAAGAGCAAGUCUUUGUUAGUUGAUAAGUUUGAAAGUGUUUGGACUUGGAAAACAUAUAAUUGUACCAAUUAAAUACCAUCUUAGAGUAUAAUGUGAAAUCACAAAUUGAUGAUACUACUAGGGGUAGGGGCAAUUUACACUGCGCCCGAACUCGCAUACGAGUUACUUACAUUGCGGCCUGUUAAAGUUAGAUGCAUUUCAGCCAAUCAAAUGCCACAAUAGACUGAAACUCGUAUGCGAGUUCUCGCAUUGUGUAAAAACCGUAUUUUUUUCUCGUUCUAUAUGUCACAACCCUAUGAAUGACACACAUAAAACCAUGUUAUCAAAUGUCUAUCGUAAUUAUAUGUAUGUCAUUUCGUCAGCAUAAGAGCAUAGGUAAAUUAGUGUGUUGAAUCAGCAUUCCAAAGGUAAUCCAGUUAAAAUGUACGUGUGUAAAAUAUGUCCAAGUCCUUACACUAUACGCUCGAGUAUCCCGCGUUGGCCGCACGUGUAUUGUAUUCACAUUGUAUUAGUGUCGAUGUCACCCACUGAUACCUACCAUGUUUGUAUACUAAGAGAUUUUAGUGAAUAAUAUAUUGACUGGUGCUUUCACAAUAA